AUGACUCCAUCAACACUCCUCCGAUACACCUCUACUCCAUCGAUGACGACAACAUUGUCGCCGAUUCCGAACAAGAUGAUUAGGGCACCUCCAAAUUCCAAACAGCAGAAACUUCAGGAAGAAAGAGGAAGGCCUCAAAGCCACCUCCCUCAGCCACAAAGGAUGUUUCCACAUCAUCCUCCUCAGGAACUUUCUAAAUGUGUCCUAGUUCUAAGUUGUUUGGCGCAUUUGAUAGUUCUUGAAGUUAAGGUAGAACCGCAUCAUCUAAAAGCAUCAUGGCUAUCUUAG